AUGGCAGACUGUCAUAAAGGAGGGAAUGAGAAGAAAGGCAAACAUUCAGAUGAUGCUACAGCGGCUAAAACACAAGUGAAAGCUCUUGUUUCAACUACUGAUCGUGAUGAGAACACUUCUUUCUUUCAUGCUAACUUAAAGAAAAGGAAGGUUGAAAAUCAUGUAGCAUCGUUUGUCAAUGAGAAUGGAGCUAUUACAAACAACUUUCCACUAGUGGUAGAUCAUCCUGGAGCAUUUCUCGUGGCACUGUGGAAGAAUAUUGAUAAACAGAUUUUUGGAGCUAUCUCUGACUUCUUUAAAAUUUGUAAUAUGCCUAGUGAAUUGCACGUUGCUACGAUCUGCUUAAUUCCUAAACAUGAGAGCCCUUGUAGAGAAGUAGAUUACAGGCCGAUUGCGUACCGCACCGCUAUGUACAAGUGCAUCUCCAAGCUUAUGUGUUCAAGACUUUCUGGUGUUCUGACCUCAUUGGUUAGUCAAAACCAAGGAGUGUUCAUCAAAGGAAGAUUGAUAGCUCAUAAUGUGAUCAUUUUGCAAGACCUAUCGAAGACCUGCUUUGUGCCUACAACCUACCUAGUCGAUUUGUUCAAAGGAUAA